AUGGAGACGAAGAACACUGUGAAGGCCCUGACCAGUGACUUCGAAAUCAAUAAGCAGGAGACUAAAAUGCACCUAGAGGAGACAAGAGAAGAGAAACUUGGAAAUCUGACUCCAGCCAAACAGCCGUCUUCAGUGCACUUCUUCCCAGAGAUAAUAGAUUUGGAGGCCACGCCGAUGCAAUUGUCAACAUCCACUUCUCAGAACAUACCGUUCAACUUGCCCCAGGUCACCAAUGCUCAGAACAGCGGUCUAACCUUGUCAUCGGCAGGACCGCUGACCUCCAAAUCUACCCUCCUGAGCAUCCCCCGGGGAGAUGCCAGCCUGUCAAAGCAGAGUUCAAGCUUCUUGAUUACAAAGAAACAGCCCCUACUGAGCUUUGACUCGGAAACAUUUGUGUUGGGGGAAGGAGAGGAUUAUUUCCUUUCUUUAUUUGGAGACUCCAGGAAACUCAAUGCACAUUCGUCCCAAACCGAGGAUAUGACCAAGCACCUUUCUGUGAUCCUUGAAGAAGUUGGCCAGUUCACAUCCAGUUUUCUUGAAGACAUUAAAAUAGCUGAGGUAAAUGUCAAGGGCUUGUUUGUGAGGCUCAUGAACUCUUCCACUGACAAAGAAACAGAGAUCGGGAACCACAUUCUCCAGCAGAACGUGAAUGGACAAGCAGUUUCCUUGUACCGAUUCCCCCCCAACAUCAUCAUGCAUGCCAGCUCCACGGUGACGGUGUGGGCAGCAGCAUCGGAAGCAAAGCCCCAGCCACCAACCGACUUUGUUUGGGAGGAACAGAUCAGGUUCCGAUCCAGUCCGGACUGCACGACUAUCCUGUGCAAACCCCACGGCGAGGCUAUUGCCUGGUACACUCCAAUCCACUGGAAGCAAGCGUGGGAGAAAUUAGAGACCGAUAUUGAAUUUGAUAGAUGUUCAGUAGUGAUUCCAACACUGAAAAAGCGUAUGUUUGGGCAGAGAACAGCGUCCAUGUCUUCCAUAAAUAAGGAAAAACAAGAACCAGCAAAGGAGCCCUCCCAAUGUCGGAUAGACCACAUCUACCCUGCUCUUCCUAAAGAAAAGGAAAUCUUGCCGUCCACUUUACCCACUCGGAGUCCUUGGUGCUGCAAUCCUCACACCUCUCCACACCCCUACUGUUCUCUCAUUGAACCACAUGACCCAGACACUUCUGAAAAAAGGUUGGAUACACAGCUGAAGUCCCGGCCAGCCAAGCUCGCUUCAGCCCCAGGAACGAGAGACAACCCAGAUCAUGAGACACAGACUGGGUCAGCGCAGUGUGUGGCUGCCACCAGGGUCAUACCGACCUGGGUGGCCUAUGCUGCCACCAAGACCAUGGUGACGUCUAAGUACAAGCUACGGCUGAGGGCCACAUCUGGGUCCAUGGUCCUGCUACAGGUGGGGCCUGUGCUGACGUCCAUGGUCUAUGUUGCUCAGGGCAGUUGCUACUUGGAAAGUCGUGUUUCCAGAGAGGACGGAGCGGAGCGGGCAGUCCUGCUCCCUGCUCUCCACGGGGUCAGCGUUCCACAGUACACACUGAAGAGCCACACAGGGAUUCCUGAGCAGCUUUUUCCCAAGCGUGCCUCAGAGACGUCGCAGAUAGGUUAUGAAAAGCAGAUCAGCAUCACUUUAUCAGACAGACCCCCAGCUCUGGGAGAAGGACGUGCUAUGCUUCUACAGAGCCCACUCAGGAACAAUGGCGACCGUGUGGGGACCAGCUUCGUGAUGUGGGGGACGGAGAGGAAAUGUGCAGCUGGACCAUCCAAGGCCCCUCCAGGUUUACCAGCUGUCAAGGCAGAACUUAGGCCUGACAUUGCAAAGGAGAGUCUGGCAGAUGGCUUCCGGCACACACAGCUAGACGUCGAGAUGAGCCUCUUCAGUGGGCAGACAGGCAUCAUUGGACUACCCAGCCCCUGCCAGUUAGAAGGAAAAACCACAGCUUCAGAUAUGCAGGUGGGUGUGGCAGGGACAGCUGUGAACUUCGUUGUUCCAGCACCCUCCAGAGAGCCGCUCCUAAGUAAUGCAGAGGUGACCUUCAGCAAGGAUGUGAGCGGCCGAGUCCAGGACCACGUUGCACAGGGCUCUUCCGUGCAAAAUGUGCCCACGUAA